AUGCUCGAAAAUGACGGGGUGCGCGAAGGAAUUCUUGGCAGUCGCCGGCCGUGGCCGGCGCCGGUGUCACCUAGGGUGGCACUGAAAGCCCUCGGGGCACCAGACCGGUCGCUCCCUUUGGAGCUGGAUUGGACAGGAGCCUCGGGGCUUCCGCCGGAGACUCCCGGCUACGGAGUCUUCCGUCUGCGGAGACUCCCGGCCACGGAGAUUCCGGGCUACGCGGAGACUCCCGGGCCACGCGGAGACUCCAGGCCACGGGGACUCCCGGGCACGGGGACUCCCGGGCCAUGCGGGGACUCCUGGGCACGGAGACUCACGGGACAUGCGGGGACUCCUAGGCACGGAGACUCCCGGGCCAUGCGGAGACUCCAGGCCACGGGGACUCCCGGGCUAUGCGGGGACUCCCGGGCCAUGCGGAGACUCCCGGGCCAUGCGGAGACUCCUGGCCACGGGGACUCUCGGGCCACGCGGAGACUCCCGGGCACGGAGACUCCCGGGCCAUGCGGAGACUCCAGGGCCAUGCGGAGACUCCAGGCCACGGGGACUCCCGGCCCAUGCGGGGACUCCCGGCCCAUGCGGGGACUCCCGGCCAAUGCGGGGACUCCCGGGCCAUGCGGAGACUCCAGGCCACGGGGACUCCCGGCCACGGAGACUCUGGGCGUCGGGAAUAUCCAAUUAGAAUACCGUAAAAAUACAAUUUGGAUGUGUUCCUCGCAGCACGAAGUCUCCGUGGCCUUAUCCCGCGGCCCCGUAACCUGGAGAUCUUGUCCACUGGGGACCCCGUCGACAGCAGUCUCCGUGGCCGAAAGUCUCCGUGGCCGGAGGUCCGUAGCUCGGAAGUCCCCGUGGCCGGGAGUCCCCGUGGCCUGGAGUCUCCGCAUGGCCCGGGAGUCUCCGUGCCCAGGAGUCCCCGCAUGUCCCAGCCAUCGUUUUAAAGAUCUUUUUGAAAAGUAUCUUCGACCAGACAAAGUUAAAAGAUCAGGCAAAGGUAAAGGACCAGGUAAAGGUAAAGGACCUGGUAAAGGUAAAGUGCCUGGUAAAGGUAAAGGACCUGGUAAAGGUACGGGACCUGGUGAAGGUAAAAGACCGGGUAAAAAUAAAGGAAAAAGAAAACGAGGCAAAAGUAAAGGAUCAGGUAUAGGUAAAGGACCAGGUAAACGUAAAGGAUCAUGUAAAGGUAAAAGACCAGAUAAAGGGGGUGCGCGAAGAAUUCUUGGCAGUCGCCGGCCGUGGCCGGCGCCGGUGUCACCUAGGGUGGCACUGAAAGCCCUCGGGGCACCAGACCGGUCGCUCCCUUUGGAGCUGGAUUGGACAGGAGCCUCGGGGCCUCCGCCGGAGACUCCCGGCUACGGAGUCUUCCGUCUGCGGAGACUCCCGGCCACGGAGAUUCCGGGCUACGCGGAGACUCCCGGGCCACGCGGAGACUCCCGGGCACGGGGACUCCCGGGCACGGGGACUCCCGGGCCAUGCGGGGACUCCUGGGCACGGAGACUCACGGGACAUGCGGGGACUCCUAGGCACGGAGACUCCCGGGCCAUGCGGAGACUCCAGGCCACGGGGACUCCCGGGCUAUGCGGGGACUCCCGGGCCAUGCGGAGACUCCCGGGCCAUGCGGAGACUCCUGGCCACGGGGACUCUCGGGCCACGCGGAGACUCCCGGGCACGGAGACUCCCGGGCCAUGCGGAGACUCCAGGGCCAUGCGGAGACUCCAGGCCACGGGGACUCCCGGCCCAUGCGGGGACUCCCGGCCCAUGCGGGGACUCCCGGCCAAUGCGGGGACUCCCGGGCCAUGCGGAGACUCCAGGCCACGGGGACUCCCGGCCACGGAGACUCUGGGCGUCGGGAAUAUCCAAUUAGAAUACCGUAAGAAUACAAUUUGGAUGUGUUCCUCGCAGCACGAAGUCUCCGUGGCCUUAUCCCGCGGCCCCGUAACCUGGAGAUCUUGUCCACUGGGGACCCCGUCGACAGCAGUCUCCGUGGCCGAAAGUCUCCGUGGCCGGAGGUCCGUAGCUCGGAAGUCCCCGUGGCCGGGAGUCCCCGUGGCCUGGAGUCUCCGCAUGGCCCGGGAGUCUCCGUGCCCAGGAGUCCCCGCAUGUCCCGUGAGUCUCCGUGCCCAGGAGUCCCCGCAUGGCCCGGGAGUCCCCGUGCCCGGGAGUCCCCGUGGCCUGGAGUCUCCGCGUGGCCCGGGAGUCUCCGCGUAG